UGCACACAGUGCUACUUAGUGUUGAUACUAUGUUGAGUGUCACAUGCUAUCCUUUUUUUUAUCUGCCAUGCAUAUAAAUUGUCAAUUUCGCAAGAGUUAUAAGUUGCUGUCGCGAUAGCGAGUCAUUCAGUCGACGUUCAGCGAUAUUCAACGAAAUCAACAUCGACGAAAUCAAGUCUUUUAUCGAUCAUGACUUCAAAUGGAGUGCCUGAAACUAGAGGUUUUGCUACCAAAGCUAUUCAUGCAGGACAAGAUCCAUUGCAGUGGAACCAUGGUUCACUUGUGGCACCUUUGGUAAUGUCCACAACAUUUCAGCAGGAUGGUCCAGGUCAGCAUAGGGGCUACGAAUAUGGUAGAAGUGGCAAUCCAACACGUAAUGUGCUAGAGACAUGCCUGGCUGCUCUAGAAGAGGGGAAACAUGGUAUUACCUAUUCAUCUGGUUUAGGUGCAACAACUGGAAUUACUUCUUUAUUGCAAAAAGGAGAUCAUCUUAUCGCUGGAGAUGAUCUUUAUGGUGGAACUAACCGUUAUAUUCAAAAAUGUUUGAUCAAUCAUGGUGUCACAUAUUCCUUUGUAGAUGUGACUAAAGUAGAGAAUGUUAUAAAUGCCAUACAACCAAAUACAAAGAUGAUAUGGUUGGAAACACCAACAAAUCCUUUAUUGAAACUUGGAGACAUUAAAGCUGUUGCUGAUAGCUUAAAGUCUCGUCCAGAUAUUAUUCUAGUCGUCGAUAAUACAUUCUUGACACCCUAUUUUCAGAAGCCACUUGAACUUGGUGCUGAUAUAUCUAUGCAUUCGCUAACAAAAUAUAUGAAUGGCCAUUCAGACAUUGUUAUGGGAGCUGCAAUCACGCGUCGAGAUGAUCUCGCGGAAAAGUUACGAUUCUUUCAAAAUGCUGCAGGUGUUGUUCCAUCGCCCUUUGACUGUUCUAUGGUCAUCCGCGGUUUGAAGACGCUCGAACUCAGAAUGCAACAGCAUAUGAAAAACGGCUUGGCAGUAGCAAAAUUUCUGGAGUCUCAUCCUUGCGUCGAGCGAGUGAUUCAUCCUUAUCUCCCGUCGCACCCGCAGCAUGAGUUGGCGCUCAAACAAACAACUGGUCACAGCGGUAUGAUUUCCUUCUAUCUGAAAGGUGAUGCACACAAGUUUUUAAAAGCAUUGAAGGUCUUCACUUUAGCUGAAUCAUUAGGAGGAUAUGAGUCGCUGGCUGAAAUACCAUACAUUAUGACGCAUGCAUCAGUACCCGAAGAUAUGCGAAUUGCAUUAGGUAUAACAGAUAAAUUGAUUCGGUUAUCUGUCGGUAUCGAAACGGAACAGGAUGUCGUAGACGAUAUUAAACAAGCAUUAGCUGCUUGUGAAUAAAUUAACAAACGUUCGGAUAACUAUAAAAAUUAUAUAUAUAUAUAUAACUA